AUGGCCGCGACAGAGGUCCCAGGGACAGAAGUCCACCCCGGCGGUCGCCUGCGCCGGUAUCUCGUGGCAACUACCGCCCACGGUCUCGUAGUACGAGCCGCCGUGGCGGUGGUGGCGAGAGAUACACGGGCCUCGCCGCCCCGAGAUUCUGGCAUCUCGUCAGCGAUCACGUCUCGAUCAGCUUCAGGCAAGUCGUCACCGCAUCCUCCUCCUUCCACCCGAGCACGUUCGCGGCCGCAAUCGAGGGAGCGUGGGGAGCGUGUCGAGCGAGUCGAGCGGGAGCAGCAGCGAGAGCGAGAGCGGGAACCCACACCGCUUCAGACCGGUGCUUCUGCCGCAUCAUCGUCCUCGACGAUGACGACGACGAUUCGCGAAGCACCCAAGCCUGCCGCAAACGCCACCGCAAACGCCGCCGUUUCCGCCGCCUCCGCGAUCGCCGCCCCCCAAGAGCCGGCCCCGCCGGCCGCAAAGACACCACCUCGAGGCCCCGCCGCUUUACGUGCUCCUCCAACCGGCCCUGCCGCGACCCGAAACUUCACUGCGCCCGCCAGCUCACCAGCUGUCCAGCCACCUAGACACCCGCCGACCCCGAGCGUGCCACCCUCGCGCGCAGACGCCGUUAGCCCGACGAUCCCCCCGGCCGGCCCCCGAGGCUAUGUAGCUCCGGCCAGGGGCGGCGGAUACAACGCCCGCGGUGGACGAGGCUCGUGGUCCGGUCCAUCCCCUCGCCAGGCCCCUGCCCCCACGACAUCCCCUUCCGCCAUUGGCAACGGACCCUCCAGCAUCCCAACCGGUCCGCGCGCCAACCCCUCCAACACAACACCGUUAAGCACAUCGUCAGCACCUAAAGCCUUCAACCCCCCCACGGGCCCCUCCUCACAGCACGGUGGCCCCGGAAACGUCCGCCUGACGGUCGCGCAGAGCAUGCUUGCGACCUUGCCGCCCAUCAUCCCCGGCGGCAAGAUCGACCCGUCCCUGCUCCCGACGACGACGGGCAUCACGAGGGACAUUGAGCCGCACUACAAGAAACUCAAGGCGGAGGAGGAAAAGGCCCGCGCAGAGCUGGAUGCGAAGCAGGAUAAGUUGCGGCAGAGCCUCCAGAUGUGGGACAAGCUCGAGAUGGAGUCCAAGGCGUGGAAGACGAGGGUGGACGUGAGCGAGCAGAGCUUGAAGAGUUUGGCUGGUGAAGGCAUGGGCGGUGCCGCGUUCUAG